AUGGUCGUGGAUCGGAUUUUCUCUGGUAUUCAGCCAACUGGGACACCUCAUCUGGGUAACUACCUUGGAGCCAUUCAGAACUGGGUGAAUUUGCAGGAAGAGUGCAGCUCAGUGCUGUAUAGCAUUAUGGACAUGCACUCUUUCACCAUGCCCAAGGAGCCAGCUGUCCUGCGCCAGAACAUACUGGACACCACUGCUGCUGUCCUUGCCUGUGGCAUUGACCCAAAGAAGUGUUUCCUGUUCCGACAGUCGCUGGUUCCGGAGCAUGCAGAACUUGCCUGGAUUCUUGGGUGCUUAACUAACGUGCCACGUCUACUACGUCUACCCCAAUGGAAGAUGAAGCGUGCCAGCCAGAAUAACGAAGGAACUGUUGGUUUGUUGACUUACCCAGUGCUUCAAGCAGCAGAUAUUUUGCUGUACAAGUCGACACAUGUUCCCGUUGGAGAAGAUCAAGUCCUGCACCUGGAACUAGCCCAAGAUAUAGCACAACAUUUCAACAAGAAAUAUGGACAAUUCUUUCCUGUGCCCAAAGCCAUUUUAAGUACGACAAAGAAAAUAAAAUCCCUCAGAGAUCCAACAGUGAAGAUGUCCAAGUCAGAUCCACAGAAGUUAGCUACUGUUAACAUAGCAGACAGCCCUGACGAAAUAGUGCUGAAAUUCCGCAAAGCUGUGACUGACUUUACCUCUGAGGUGACCUACGACCCAGCUGGUCGCCCAGGUGUCUCAAAUCUGGUGUCCAUUCAUGCUGCAGUAACAGGGCUUAGCAUAAAAGAAGUGUUGCACCAAGCUGCUGGUCUCGACACUGCUCACUACAAAAUGGUGGUAGCAGAGUCAGUUAUUCAAAAGUUUGCACCUAUCAGGAAUGAAAUCAAGAAACUCCAGGAAGACAAAUCCCAUCUGAUAAAGGUUUUAGAGGAUGGAGCAGAGAAAGCCAAAGAACUCGCUUCCCCCAUCUAUCAAGAAAUAAGACGACUGGUGGGAUUUCAGUAG